AUGCCGUCGCCGCGGGAGAAGAAUGUCGCCGGACGGGGAGUCGAACAGCCAGGACUUUGUUGGCCAGCAUGUGCGGCCCACGGCGCCAAGCCGCCGGCGCUGCCACCCGAGCCUCGGGCUCGGGGGCGCAGUGCUCCAGCUGAGGCCAGAGAGGCGCCUUCCGCUUUCGCGGAGAAGGGCCCCGCCGCGCCUCUCGCGGACACGCAGGCGGCUGAGAUCCGGCAAGACCUCGCGAGUAUCCAGUUGCAGCUGCAGAGGCUACUGGCAGGUCAGUCGGAGAUCCAGGUGUUGAGACCUUGGCACGUCAACGGGGAGGAGACCUUCCCAAAAGCCAAGGAUCUCCACCCGGGCAAGCGCCAGACGGGGUCCUCCAUGAUGUCCCCAGGCUCUGUGAACUCCAUCCAGGAGAACAGCGAUGAGAUCAAGAAAGUGGCGCUUCAGAGGCUCUUUGAUCUGGCAGAAGACCACGAGGAGAAGAUGAGGAAGAUGAAGCGACAACGCAGCCAUCAGAAGGUGUCGGAAAUGAUGUCUCCACAACAUCUGGAGAUGACGGUGGACACCAUUAUGGCAGCCAUCAUCGGCCUCAACGCCGUGUUCAUCGGCAUCUCGAGCGAUCACUCCGACAACUCCAUCUCCUGGCUAGUAGUAGACGCGUGUUUCUCCUUCCUCUUCAUCGUGGAGCUCGCCUUCAAGAUUGGCAUACACGGCUGCGUCCAGCACUUCUCCGGGCCGGGAUUUGUCAUGAACUGCGGGGACUUCAUCUUGAUCACCGCUGACCUCGCGCAGCUGAUCCUACAGCUGGCCUUCUCAGGUAGCAGUGAGCUGCUGGACAAUGCGCCACCAGCUUCAAUCUUUCGAAUGGUGCGACUGCUCAAGAUCGCCCGCGUGCUGCGGCUGGUGAACAUGGAUGUAUCUUUGGCCAAGCCUUGCUAA